GUGUUCACUCCGAAGAGCGAUGUUAAUUGAAUUUAUAAACAAGUAUAUCUGAUUUCCUUCGGAGCGAAUAUUUGGCUGAAGAAAAUUCGUUGUAUUGACAGGUUUACAGCACAUACAACAGUAAAGUCAGCAUGGAGAUAGGAAAUGGAAAUGUAAAGAAACGUGCUUUCAAGUUCAAACGUUCAACAGGCCUGUCGCUUAACAAACCACCAGCAGCCGUGCUCCCAUCAGAUGACGGAAUACAAAUUACUGGGGAGACAAAACCACCCACUAAACUGUAUAAGAAUGGAGGGAGCACUCAGAUGUCCAUCAUGUCCUUUGCUAACAAGCCCAAGCCUGUGGCAACAGUUAAUCCACACAGUGUCCCUUGCUCUAACUUGUCUUCUAAGUCCCCUCCACGAACCAAGAGGAAGAGAGAGGUGCAAGCUCAACCUUCACUGGGGAUGUUUGUGCCUAGUGUUAAUAUGGAAGAUGAUUUGGAUGACUUCUCUAUGCCAUCUAUAAGUUAUGUUUCCCCCCGUGCCACCAAAACAGUACUCCAAGACAACAGGCCUAAGCCUGGCACCCCCACCUCCAGGGCUUCUACAGCUGGGAGCAAGCUACCCCUACCAAGCAACGGCAGCCCCAACCUGGAUGAAUCCUCCUUCUCAAACUCUCUCAUGGAAGACAUGUUUAAGGACUCUGAAGAUGACGAUGAGCCGAUCAGUAAGCGUGCCCGCCACACCCCCAUUAUCAUGAGUGAUAGUGGAGAUGAGGAACAGGAAGUGGUGCAGCCUGUGCCAAAGAGGAAAGGAGCUGCAGACAGGAAAUUCAGUUUUCAUGCUGCUCAAGGUCCUAUGAAGAGUUCUAACCAAGCUCCUUGCACAGAUCAAAGAGCAGCCACUUUGAAGACAAAUUUCAACAUCACACCUAUUAAAACAGAAUCUCAAAGUGUUACAAACAGUAUGGAGCAGAAAAUCACACCGGACAACCUGGACUACAAGCAGUUGGUUAAUGUCAUGGAUGAGGUCUGCGACAUCAUCAGCAAAGUCAGCUCAGCUGACCUCAUGGACAUUGUAUCUCGUGACUACGACAGACUACAGAAGCUUCUGUAUCUCAGGAAACAACUCAAAGAACGCCUUGGCCCACAGUCUGCAUCAGGUGUAGGACGACGUGAUAGUGACUGCAUUGCUGGUAGAUCUUUGAAAAAUGAGACCUUUAAUUCAGAAAGCAGGACAUUGUUCUCACCUCAACCAUCUUCCUCUCUAUUUUGUACUACAUUCAAGACACCGGAUAUAAAUCACAGCAUGAUGAAGACACCGCUGCCUGUGACAAGUACAGCCAUCAAGAAGACGAGUGCCACAAAAAUGCAACUAGGAUCUGACUCGCCAAUCCCUUGUGGGGAUAGCUUCUUUGAGGAUGAUGUCGAACUUACACAGUCAAAAAUGAACUAUAUGAAAGGGUUCAGGAAAUCUUUAACAAGUCCAAAGAGUUCCUCAACCCUGAACACUGUUGACAAAAAUAAUUCAAAUAGCCAGAACAAUUCUGUGUCCUGUGGUGCAUACUCAGAGUCAUUUCAAAGACAAGAACCUCGAGAUACCUUCUCUGUGAACAGUAGUGUGAACAUGUCUUCCUUCCAAGGUGAACACACUUCAGUGAUGGAGGACAGUGCUGACUUCUUCAAUGAUACAUCUAAACAUGGAGGCAACUACACAUUUGAGUACAGCCUACAAGAAGGGCCUGCUGUCAACAAGGAGAAGCAGGUGAAGCAGAAUAAAGAGCUGACAGGGCCAUCUCCUACCAGCAAUGGUGCCUUCUUUGAUGAUGACUUUCCUGAUGAUCUCUAUAACAUUGAAGAUUUCCAGGCUAUGGAGGCAUCUCAGGAUAAUUACAAUCACAACAGUCAAGCACCUCAAUUUUCAGCAUCAGCAUCAAAACACACACCCCAGUCCAGGCCAACAUCUUCAUUUACAUCAUCACAUCAGGAACAUUCUCAGCAUCAGGAUUUGUCAUCAGCUGAGGAUGUCUACCAGCCCAUGUUUGCUGGCACAGACAAGGAUGAUGGAGCUAGUGGGAAGUUUGACGGCCAUGUGUUCCCUCACAGCAAGGAGCUGCUCAAGGUGUUCAAGCAGGUGUUUGGUCUGCGGGAGUUCCGACACAACCAGCUCCAGGCCAUCAAUGCCUCACUGCUGGGACUGGAUACAUUCAUUCUGAUGCCAACAGGUGGUGGAAAGAGUUUGUGUUACCAGCUUCCAGCUCUAGUCACAAACGGGGUGUGUAUAGUUAUCUCCCCUUUGAGAGCUCUCAUCCAGGAUCAGGUUCAGAGACUCAUUUCUCUAGAUAUCCCAGCUGCCCACUUGUCCAGUGACAUCGACCAGGCUCAAGCCCAGCAUGUCUACCACCAGCUGUCUAAGAGAGAUCCAGGCAUCAAACUGCUGUAUGUCACACCAGAGAAGCUGUCUGCCAGCGCCAAGCUCCUGGAAUCUCUGCCAUCUAAGGGAUACUUCGAGAGCUUCGCUAAGUCUCCAGAGUUCACCGAGGAAGUCUCCUCCAAGUGGGGCCAUGACUUCCGUCCUGACUACAAGAAGUUGAACAUUUUGAGGGAGAAGUAUUCAGGUGUUCCCAUGAUGGCUUUGACAGCCACUGCAACACCGCGGGUGAGGAAGGACAUUUUACACCAGUUGGGCAUGAAAGAUCCAAAAUGGUUCAUGCAGAGUUUCAACAGACCCAACUUGAAGUACCUUGUGCUGAACAAACGGCCCAAGUCUACCACACCUGAUGUGAUCAAGUUCAUCAAAGACAAGUAUCCAAGAGAAUAUGGCAUUGUCUACUGCCUCUCUCGGAACGAGUGUGACACUGUAUCCAAGGACCUACAGAAGGCUGGGGUAGAUGCUGUGUCCUACCACGCGGGACUCCAGGAUACACAGAGGGUCGCAAUACAGGAGAAAUGGCUGUACGGGGAAAGGUGUAAGGUUAUUUGUGCCACCAUAGCAUUUGGUAUGGGAAUUGACAAGCCUGACGUUCGGUUUGUGAUCCACUACUCCCUGCCCAAGUCUAUAGAGGGCUACUACCAGGAGGCGGGCCGUGCCGGCCGAGAUGGGCUGCUGUCAGAGUGUGUCCUCUUCUACUCCUACCAAGAUGUCAAGAGGCUCAGGCGUAUGGUGGAAAUGGACCAGAAUGCCACGUAUGCAUCAAAGCGAGUCCACAUUGACAACCUGUAUCGCAUGGUCCAGUAUGCAGAGAACGUGGCUGACUGCCGCCGGGCACAAGUUCUACAAUACUUUGGCGAGCAUCACUUUGACCGAGAACGGUGUAACGACUUCCGCGGUUCUGUCUGUGACAACUGUGAUUCAAAGGAUAAGUUCCAGCUCCGGGACGUGACAGAGGAUGCCAAGGCUGUUGUCAAGUGUGUCGGGGAACUCACAUCCGGCAGGAGAAACUUCACAAUGCUGCACUUUGUGGAAGUUUUCAAAGGAUCAAAGAACACAAAGAUCCAGGAAACUGGCCAUGACAGACAUCCCCUUCAUGGGAGAGGCAGCGCAUACUCCCGCCAGGAUGCAGAGCGGCUGUUCCGGAAGCUGGUGAUUGACUGCAUCCUGAUGGAGGAUCUCCAGAUCACGGCCAUGGAGCAUGCCGUCUGCUACAUCAAGCAGGGCAAGAGGAGUGCCGACCUCAUGCAGGGCAAGAUCAAGGUGGAACUUGCAGUUCAUGGCAACAGCAGGAGCAGGACGGAGGUGGCGAAGAUUGGCCAGGAGGCACAGAGUGACUACGACAAGUUGCUGGAUGAAUGCUACAAGGAACUGCUAGCCAUGGCCAAGACUAUAGCGAGGGAGCACAACAUCAAGAAUUACACUUCUGUGUUCACAAACCAAAUCCUGUGGCAGUUGGCAGACAAGCGACCUUUAACCCUGGAGGAGAUGAGGAAUAGUGAGAUUGAUGGCCUCACAAACUACAGGAUCACAGCCUACGGUGCCGAGAGAUUCCUCGACAUUACCACCAAAUACUGCUGUAUGUUUUCCACCCUUGAGGAUGACCGGCGAUGUAGCAGUCAGAAGGAUCAAGGCAGUGAAGAGGCAACAGAUGAAUGGACAUCACAUUACUUUGAAGAGUCCCACAGUAAUGGUAGUCGUGGAGGAGGCCGCGGGAGACGAGGUGGAUCAGGAUGGAGGGGCAAGAAAAGUUUUCGAGGUAAAAAGGCCAAAAAAGGUUCAACACGGGGCAAGAGUUCUGGAAAGAAGUUCAACAGCAACAGUUCCUUCAAUCAGUUCAGCUACAACAAAGGAAAAAAGGCUGCUGCAUCCUCUGGUGUCAAACCGAUGGCCCAACCUUCCAGCUCUGGCAGCCUUGGGAUGAUGCCUGCCCCACAGCCCCGCACAUUCCUCUCAUCCAACAUGUUCCUUGUCAAGAAACACUGACACCUAUCACACACUGACACCCUCGAGAUGAUGCCUGCCCCACAACCCCAGACAUUCCUCUCAUCCAACAUGUUCCUGGUCAAGAAACACUGACACCUAUCACACACUGGCAGCCUUGGGAUGAUGCCUGCCCCACAACCCCGGACAUUCCUCUCAUCCAACAUGUUCCUUGUCAAGAAACACUGAUACCUAUCACACACUGGCAGCCUCGGGAUGAUGCCUGCCCCACAACCCCAGACAUUCCUCUCAUCCAACAUGUUCCUUGUCAAGAAACACUGACACCUAUCACACACUGACACCCUCGAGAUGAUGCCUGCCACACAACCCCAGACAUUCCUCUCAUCCAACACGUUCCUUGUCAAGAAACACUGACACCUAUCACACACUGA